GGUAUGGCAACGCACAAGUUCAGCAGGGAAUUUUCAUUUCCUGUGUUGCCUGCCCUGGGUUGAAUUACGGUUGACGUUGGUAACUGGCCCGCUUGUUCAGUUUAGCCAUUUUAGUUUCCUUUCGCAUAGUGUUCCAAGGUGGAGUAGGAACUUAACUCGACAAGAUGCCACAGAACGAAUACAUGGAGCGUCACCGCAAGCUGCACGGUCGACGGCUCGACUUUGAAGAAAGAAAGCGAAAACGUGAAGCCCGUGAGCCCCAUAAGCGAGCUGAAACCGCUCGCAAAUUGCGCGGUAUCAAGGCGAAGAUCUUCAACAAAGAGCGCCGCAAUGAAAAGAUUCAGAUGAAGAAGAAAAUCAAGGCCCACGAGGAGAAAAAGACCAAAAAAGUCACUGGAAACGUCGCCGAAGGGGCUUUGCCCGUCUACUUGCUGGAUCGUGAUGUACAAUCCAGGGCCAAGGUGCUCUCGAACAUGAUCAAGCAGAAAAGAAAGGAAAAAGCCGGCAAAUGGGAUGUGCCGAUUCCGAAAGUACGAGCCCAAGCAGACUCUGAAGUGAUGCGAGUGGUCCGAUCAGGGAAAACCAAGAGAAAGGCCUGGAAGCGAAUGGUCACUAAGGUCACAUUUGUCGGCGAGGGUUUCACGAGAAAACCGCCAAAGUUUGAACGGUUCAUCAGGCCCAUGGCUUUGCGCUUUAAGAAAGCACAUGUUACCCACCCAGAGCUGAAGGCCACCUUCCAUUUGCCCAUCAUUGGCGUCAAGAAAAACCCCAGCUCUGCCAUGUACACGAGUUUAGGAGUCAUCACCAAGGGCACCGUGAUCGAAGUCAAUAUUUCCGAGCUGGGUUUAGUCACACAGGCUGGCAAGGUUGUUUGGGGCAAAUAUGCCCAAGUCACCAACAACCCGGAGAACGAUGGAUGCAUCAACGCAGUACUUUUAGUGUAGUUGAAUGACUUGUAUGGUUUUUUUGUAAUAAAUCAGUCCAUGAGGACUUAUUCCCAGUCCAA